ACCAUUUACCCCAAAUGAUUGAUGCCAACAUUACAUGACAUUUGCAUUAGCUCAUCAAGGUGACACUUGAGACACCUUCCAUGCUUCUAUAAAGCAAUAAACACACACUAGGCUGAUACCUCAACAUUUGUACCAAGAGCGUGACACAAGGCAGCAUGGUGCUUUCAAACUACUCUAUGUCUCCAAUGUUUCUUUUUCUUCUCCUCCUAUCGUCUUCUUUCGCACAUCCUUCAUCUUCGAAAGAAGACAUUUUUAUCCAGUGCCUCUCGUAUCAUUCCACGGUUUCUAUUUCUUUCUCUAGCACCAUUUUCACCCCUAACAACUCUUCCUUCACCACCGUCCUAAAUUCAACUGCGGAAAACCUCAGAUACGUAGUCCCUUCCAUGCCAAAGCCACAGUUAAUUUUCAGACCAACGCAUGAAUCCCAUGUUCAAGCUGCUGUUAUUUGCUCAAAACAGCUGGGAAUACAUCUCAGGGUCCGAAGUGGAGGUCAUGACUACGAAGGCCUCUCCUAUGCCUCCCAAAUUGAAACACCUUUCAUCGUUGUAGACCUUGCCAAGCUUCGAUCAGUUAACGUUGAUAUCCAACACCACAGUGCAUGGAUUCAAGCCGGUGCCACCAUUGGCGAAGUUUACUACAGAAUUGCUGAGAAAAGCACAACACAUGGCUUCCCUGCCGGUCUUUGCACAAGCUUAGGCGUGGGGGGACAUAUAACCGGAGGUGCGUAUGGUUCCAUGAUGAGAAAAUAUGGCCUUGGUGCUGAUAACGUUGUCGAUGCGCGAAUAAUUGAUGUCAAUGGCAGAAUUCUUGACCGAAAGACCAUGGGAGAAGAUCUUUUUUGGGCAAUCAGAGGUGGAGGAGGAGCAAGCUUUGGAAUCAUCAUGUGGUGGAAGAUAAAGUUGGUUCCUGUUCCAUCAACUGUAACAGUAUUCACAGUUGCCAGGACCUUGGAACAAGGUGGCACAAAGCUCCUACAUAGGUGGCAACAAGUGGCUGCUGCUGAGCUUGAUGAAGAUCUCUUUAUUAGAGCUAUCAUACAACUAACAAGUGACAGCAAAAGUGGCAAGAGAACUGUCACGACUCUUUACCAAGCUCUGUUCCUCGGAGGAGUUGAAAAACUCCUCCAUGUUAUGCAAACAGGCUUCCCGGAACUGGGUUUGACCCGAAAAGAUUGUACUGAAACCAGUUGGAUCAAAUCCGUGCUGUACAUUGCAAACUACCCGAGUGGAACUCAACCCGAGAUUCUGCUUCAAGGAAAAUCCACAACCAAGAAUUACUUCAAAGCCAAAUCAGACUAUGUCAAAGAUCCAAUCCCUGAAACCGGGCUUGAGGGACUGUGGAAAAAGUUGAUGGAAGAAACCAAUCCUCUGUUGAUUUGGACACCAUAUGGAGGAAUGAUGAGCAAGAUUUCGGAGUCCGAGACACCUUUCCCUCACAGAAAAGGAGUGCUCUUCAAGAUUCAGUACCUGACUGGGUGGCAAGCUGCAAAUCAAGAGGCAAAGCACAUGGAUUGGAUUAGGAAGCUUUACAACUACAUGGCUCCUUAUGUUACAAAGUCCCCAAGGCAAGCAUAUGUGAAUUAUAGGGAUCUUGAUUUGGGGAUAAACAAAAAAAGGAACACUAGCAUCACUGAAGCAAGUGCUUGGGGUACCAGGUAUUUCAAGGACAACUUCAGCAGACUGAUAAAAAUUAAGACCAAAGUCGAUCCGGAAAACUUCUUCAGGCAUGAACAGAGCAUCCCACCUCUUCCACCCAAACAAGAGUGAGAUAUGAUGUUGGUAGCAAAGUAAAGGGCUUUGAGUUUUUAUGAAAGUUAGCAUAAACUUAGAUCUCUUUUGAAAAAUAUCAGUCCCUGAAUAAAAGUUACCAAGAGUAACCAACAAAUUGGAGCGAGUAUAAACAGACCAAAUUUAUAUGCAGGAUUAAUAGUUGUCAAAUUUCUUGGUCUUAAAACUCAACCGUUGUAGAGAAGUGAUGGAAUGUGCCAAUAUGCAGCAAUCUAUAUAUAGCAAUCCUGAUCACUGAUGUAAUAUUAGGUACUAUUGUGUAUAGCUCAUUUUCUAGUGCUCAUUGCCCACA